CUUAACUGGAACUCUCUCCGGAGCCUUUAAUAAUAACCUAUCUAUCUCAUCUGUCCAACUAUCAUCUACAACAACAUAAUUAGUGGCUCUUCUCCAUUUUUAUCAUCUCUACCUGACUCAUCUACCGUCCCGGUGAGUGAAACUUUUUAACGUAUAUGUUCUGCUCUCGAGGCAUUGUUUGAUGCUACAUACAUAAGUAUUUUUGUGUCCUGUACUUUCAUGCUGAAAUACCAUCUUCGCCGACUGCUCGAGUUUCGUUGGACUGCCCGCAUCUCCUCAUCUCGGACUUACUCUACCAACUGAAUUGUGCAUUCCAACAUCUACCAACUAAAUCAUACAUUCCAACAUCAAUAUCAUUGCUUUUUGCCCUUACCUUCUGGGUGAGUUCUUUUUAGUAUUGUUCUGCCUAGCAGUUCUACUUUGUUGUUGCUACACCAUUAAGUAGUGCCUUUGGUGUUUGUUUAUUUACAUAUUUUACCACCACCUGCCUUGUCAUCUUCCUUCAUCUCUACUCUAUUCAUCUACUACUUUUCAUCUUAACGCCAUCUAUAUCUUCAUCCAUUAACUAAUUUUCAUCUUUAUCGCCAUCUUUACAAUCAUCAUCAACAUAUCGUGCAACACUUAUACUUCUAAUCAUCACUUACGCCAUCUACAUUCUAAUCCGAUAAACUUUAAUUUAUUAAAUUUAUUUCCGUUUACUUCGGUUCGUGUCUGGAAUAAUACAAUAUAAUACAGUACAGUCGUUCAAAAAGAACCCUUAACUAAAAUUUAAAUAACAAAAACAAUAAAAUGUCUGAAUGUGGAAAAUGCCUUCAAGUCUGUGACUAUAUGAUUGAUUCAAUCAUGUGUCAUGGAAACUGCCAUAAAACAUUUCAUGUUAACUGCAUAGGUGCGACCUAUAGUGCAAUUAAACUUCUUAACAAAUGUAAAUCCUUUUAUUACUUUUGUGAUGAAUGCAAUCCUUUUGAUCAAUAUAACAUUGUUCGUAAUGUCCUUUCAAAUACUAAGAUGAUCGAUAAACUAGAAAAACAUCUGUCCUUCUUGAAUGAAAAAAUCGACAAUAUUUCAAAUAAUCCAAUCUUAAAUCGUAAAAAAACUAGAAGUGUAACUAAUAAUGAAAAGUCUCUAAAUGCCCUUCUCGAUAUUCAAUCCCAAAAACGAAAAAGUGAUGAUCUAGACAUGACAUUAAUUCCACCAACUUCUUCGAAAAGAAUUAAUCUAAACCCUAUUUCUGAGAAUUCCUUUCAACACGCUCCAAACAACGUCACUGAUAAUCCCCCAACCUCAUCUUCUGCUUCAUUAUCUCAAUCUCCAAUUGCAUCGUCUCAGCUCCCAGCUGCUUUAUCUGAACACGCUCCAAACAACGUCACUGAUAAUCCUCCAAAAUCAACUUCUGCUUCAUCUCCGCCUGAAUCGUCUCAGCUUCCAGCUGCAUUUUCUGAACAUCAGUCCAGUCUCUCUACAUUUUCGUAUUUAAAUACACACACUUCUACGACAGCAUCAACACAAACUAUUACAUCUACGCUUAUGGACUAUCAGACUAAUAGUUUGCCUGCUCCUCCAGCUCCUGACACUGACACAUCCCAUCUUGCAGCGUCCUUAAAUGACAGAAACUUUACAUUUAAAUUAGGUUUUAUUAUGUCUGCCUGCACUUUGUUGUUUAAGCUAAGCUAG